UUUUGAUUAACGUGAGGCGCGCUGUUUGUUGUUUCACGUGAAAAUGGGCAAAAAUAAGAAAAAACAAAACCAAAACAUUCCUUUGGUCCCCACUUCACAAAGUAAAAAAGCAAAACGCAAUAAAGCCAAAAAGCUUAAGAAGAACUUACAAGGAACAAAUCCUGUUAUAUCUAGUAUUCCUUCUCUAAGAGUCAAUGAAAGUAAAAAAAGUAAAAAGCGAAGAUUUCUAAAGGAGCAACAACUGAAAGCUUCCGCGUUACCAACUUCCACUGUAAACGCGAAGACCAAAAAACAAGUCACUUUCGGUGAAGCAUCCAGUGAGAGUGAUUCUGAACCUAUUGAAGCUGACUGGCAGAAUACAGAUGAUCAAUCAGAUAGCAGUAAUGAACAGUGGCAAAAUAAAGAAAAUGUUACGAAAUCAUUCAGCAAUUCCGAUGAUGAUAGUAAUAAUGAACAAAGUGAUUCUGGGUCAUCAAACAAUGAUCUUGAGGAAUCUGAAGAAGAUGAGGAUGAAGAGUUAAGUGAAGAUGAUUUGAAUACUCUAAUUCAAUCUCAGAAGAAAUCAGCAGCAAAGGAUGCUUCAAAACAACAAAUCAACGAUCCGAAAAAGAAACCUUUAAAACGAACUCACGAAUCUGUUGAAAACACUCUUCCAUCCACAAAGAAAAUGAAAUUAGCUGGAGAGUCGAAGCAGUCAAUCGUGAAAACUCCUGAUAAAUGCGAUGAUCAAGUGUCUGUGUCUUAUAGUUGGACAAAUGAAUCUGUCAUACUUGAGGAGAUCAAAAGACGUGCCACUGAACUGUCAUCUGCUACAUUGUAUGUGACUCCAUUACCGUCGAAUUGUAAUGAGUCUAUGCUGAAAUCAUUAUCACCGACAAUGAUGUCAUAUCGAUUGUCUAUUAAGAAUAAGAAAAAACAACAACGCAACUUUGUGUUUCUUCAAUACAUUGAUGCGGAUACAGCUGAGACUGCAAGAAAAGCUAUAACUGGUCGUUUAUUUGCUGGUAAAACUAUCUCUGCUCAACCUAAUCGUCUAUCAUUUCCAAUCAGUGAUAUAAAGUCUGAUAAUAUUAAUCGUAAAGAACUGUUUGUGACUGGUUUCAAUAGUUCCACAACCAAAAAUGAUUUAAUGCGUAUAUUUCCAAAAGGCACUGUUGAUUUCAAACUAACUAAAGAUGGAACUUCAUGUGGUUAUGCCAUUGUAAAAUUUGUCAAUGAAAAUGUAUCAAUUGAAGCAUUUUCUACAACACAUAAACGUCUGGUUCGUGGCCUACCGAUAUUUGUCAAUUUUAUUCUAAAAUUAUCAUCUCAAUCUAAAAAGAUCGAUGAUAAACAGACUAGUAAAAAUCAAUUAAAAGUCAACAACACUAGUGAUAAUAAUAAUAAUAAAACAUCAAAAACAAUUGAACAGAAAAUGUCGAAUAAACUAUCAUCCACGGAAAAGACAUCUAACAUUGUAGUUCAUAAAACAACAAUCGGUGAUACAACAAAAAGCACCACCAGUAAUGAUAAUAAUAAUGAUAAAAGUAAUAAGACUCAUGUAUUAGGCAAGACAAAAGUUUUAGUUGAACAACUCCCACCUGAAACUGACGAGAAAUCGGAAUCGUCAGCAAGCGAAUCAAAUGAUGAUGAUGAUGAUGAUAGCGAAGCAGAUGAAUUACUUGUAAACCAAAUGAAAACUAAAAAUCCAAUCACCGAUAAAACAUCUGUUUUGAAUGAUCUUGUCUCGUCAAAAACAUUGAAAGUUUCUGGAGCAGGCGAACUGGAUGAAGAUGAUGACGGUGAAGAAGAAGAAGACGACGACGACGUUGAUGAUGAUGAUGAUGAAGAUGAAGAUGAAAUUAGUGAGUACGAUGAGGAUGACAGCGGUGGUGAGGAGGAGGACGACGACGACGACGAUGAUGAUGAUAGUGAGGAUGAUGAUGAUGAUGACGAUGAUGAUGAAGAUGACAUAGAUGAAGAAGAUCUAGGUGAUACAAAUGAAGACAGUGAUGAAGUUGCCAAUGAAAAUGUAAUCAACAAAAAAGCUUCAAAACAAACCAAGAUCGUUGAUAGUAAACCUUUAGGUGUAAAAAAUAAUCACAGUCCAUUGAACUUACCAUCAUCUUCAGAUGAUGAAGAACAAGGCUCAUCCGAUGACAGUGAUAAUCAGUCUGAUGAAGAAGUCGAUAAACAGUUAAUGGCAGUUAUACAAGCUAAGCGUAACGCUAAAAAAUCAUUCAAGCCAUUGAGCAAUGCUAAGCGUAAUUUCAACGCAAAUCCUAACAACAGUAACAAUAAAAACAACUCAACCAAACAUUCUGGUAAAAUGUCCAGCUCGCAAUGGCUUCGUGUACCUCAAACGAUGAAGAUGAAAAAGAAAUAGAAAUAAAGAAAAACAUAAUUAUAAACAAUUAAAUCUAUUCUAUGUAAAUAAACCUAUUUUCAAAUGAGUUAAAAAUCAUAUUAUAUUUGGAGUAUUAA